AUGUGUUUAGCCUCUCAUCAUCUUGUAGUCUGCAAAUUCCAUUUAAAAAAGCAGCUUCGUCUCCCUUCAAACCCUUAUUCAUUUGCCACUCACUGCACCCAUUCAUGGAGCACACUCAGAGCUUCUAUGCCAGUUCAUGAUAAAACCCAUUUCAGGGACCCUCACACUGUUCCGUUGUUCCAUGCCCAUGCCCUCAAAGUCUCUGUCAAAAGGGCCCUUCUUCCUGAAGGAAAACAGUUGCAUGCCCAUUUGAUAAAGUUUGGAUUUUGCCAUGUUCUCUCCCUGCAAAAUCAGAUUUUGAAUGUUUAUCUGAAGUGUAAGGAAACUACAAAUGCACAGAAGCUGUUUGAGGAAUUGCCAGUGAGAAAUGUGGUUUCGUGGAACAUUCUAAUUCGGGGCAUUGUUGGAUGUAGCAAUGCAAUUGAAAAUGACUCGAAUCUACAGCUCUGUUUUUCUUAUUUUAGAAGGAUGUUGUUGGAAAUGGUGGUUCCGGAUGGUACAACUUUUAAUGGUCUCAUUGGUGCUUGUGUGAAGUUUCGUGAUAUUGACGUGGGUUUCCAGUUGCAUUGUUUUGCAGUGAAACUGGGACUUGAUUUGGAUUGUUUUGUUGGAAGUGUUCUUGUUGAUUUAUAUGCUAAAUGUGGCUUGGUUGAGAAUGCAAGGAGGGUUUUUCAUGUUAUUCCACUCAGAGAUUUGGUUAUGUGGAAUGUGAUGAUUUCUUGCUAUGCCUUGAAUCGUUCACCGGAAGAGGCUUUUGGAAUGUUCAACUUGAUGCGAUCAGAUGGUGCAAAUGGAGACGAGUUCACUUUUAGCAGCCUGCUUAGCGUAUGUGAUACUUUGGAAUAUUAUGAUUUUGGAAGGCAGGUUCAUGGUCAUAUUGUGAAACAGUCAUUUGAUUCAGAUGUGUCAGUAGCUAGUGCGUUAAUCAACAUGUAUGCGAAAAAUGAAAAUAUAAUUGACGCACACAGACUAUUUGAUAGGAUGGUGAUUAGAAAUGUUGUGGCUUGGAACACCAUUAUUGUUGGGUGUGGGAAUUGUGGAGAAGGGAAGGAGGUUAUGAAGCUUCUCAUAGAGAUGCUUUGCGAAGGGUGUCCCCCUGAUGAACUGACUAUUUCCAGCACGAUUGGUUCAUGUGGCUAUGCUUGUGCGCUUACUGAAACAAUUCAACUCCAUGCUUUUGCAGUUAAAUCAUCAUUUCAACAAAACGUAUCUGUCGCUAACUCUCUGAUUAGUGCGUACUCCAAGUGUGGUAGCAUAACUAGUGCAUGCAGAUGCUUCAGAUUAACUGCAGAACCUGAUAUUGUUACAUGGACUUCAUUGAUAAAUGCAUAUGCAUUCCAUGGUCUUGCCAAAGAAGCAACUGAAACAUUUGAGAAGAUGCUAUCUUGUGGAGUUAUACCGGAUCAAAUUUCUUUUCUUGGUGUUCUCUCUGCUUGUUCACAUUCUGGGCUUGUGGCUAAGGGACUUUACUACUUUAACUUGAUGACCAGUGUGUAUCAGAUUGUUCCUGAAUCAGGGCAUUAUACCUGCCUUGUUGACCUUCUUGGAAGAUAUGGUCUUAUAAAUGAGGCUUUUGAAUUGUUGAGGUCACUGCCAAUGGAAGCUGAAUCAAAUACAUUAGGGGCAUUUAUUGGAUCCUGCAACGUCCAUGCCAAUAUAGGACUGGCUAAAUGGGCUGCAGAAAAGCUCUUCAUCAUAGAGCCAGAGAACAAUGUGAACUAUGCAGUCAUGUCUAACAUUUAUGCUUCCCAUAGACAUUGGUGUGAUGUUGAAAGAGUUCGCGGAAUGAUGGAGAAGAAGGGUGAUGCAAGAGUUCCUGGUUGCAGCUGGAUACAAAUUGGUAAUCAAGUUCAUUUGUUUGUAUCAAAUGAUAAGACACACCCUAAAGCUUUUGAAAUGUAUGCUACAUUGAAAAUGCUACUUUGGCCAAUGAAGGAAAAAAGUGGCAUUAAUUUGUGA